UGUGGUGAGAUUGGUGAGUGUGGCGGUAACACUCACCAGUCACAGCCAGCCACUCACCACACAGCAGCCCGUCAUCAUGGUGGUGUCGGACGCGGGGAACUGGUGCCUCAUCGAGAGUGACCCGGGCGUGUUCACUGACCUCAUACAGAAAUUUGGUGUGAAGGGUGUGCAGGUGGAAGAGAUAUGGAGCUUAGAUGAAGAGUCUUUUUCAUCCCUGAAACCUGUCCACGGCCUCAUCUUCCUGUUCAAAUGGCAGCAGGAGGAGCAGCCAUCAGGGUCCGUCGUUCAGGACAACCGGCUUGACAAAAUAUUUUUUGCCAAGCAGAUGAUAAACAAUGCAUGUGCCACCCAGGCCAUCCUGUCAGUGCUGCUGAACACAAAGCACCAGGACAUCCAGCUGGGCAGCACCCUCAGUGAGUUCAGGGAGUUCACACAGACCUUUGAUGCCCAUAUGAAGGGACUUGCUCUGUCCAACUCGGACACCAUUCGUAACGUUCACAACUCCUUUGCCAGGCAAACUUUAUUUGAGUUUGACAAGCAACAACCCUCCGAGGAUGAGGACGUGUUCCACUUUGUUGGGUACAUUCCCAUCGAGGGCCGCCUGUACGAGCUGGACGGCCUGAAGGACGGACCCAUUGACCUGGGGCCCAUCUCCCCUAACACUGACUGGCUGAGUGUGGUGCAGCCCGUCAUCCAGCGCAGGAUUCAGAAGUACAGUGAGGGUGAAAUCCACUUUAACCUCAUGGCCAUUGUGAGCGAUCGCAAGAUGGUCAUAGAAAAGAAGAUUGCACAGCUCCAGAAGGAGAUGGAAGAGAGUGGCAUGGAUACAUCUAGUCAUGAGGAAGAGUUGACACAGCUGCGAGCUUCCCUGGAGACUGAGGAGAACAAGAGGGCUCGGUGGAGAGUUGAAAACAUCCGCCGGAAACAUAAUUACUUGCCUCUCAUUGUUAAUAUGAUGAAGAUUUUAGCCGAGGAAGGGAAGCUGCUGCCAAUCUACCACACGGCACGAGAGAAGGCAAAAGCACGUGAGAAGGCAAAAGUGCGUCAUGAUAAAGCCAAAGACAAGAAUAAAGAGAAGAGUGGAGUAUGACAGGUAGCAGACAACACCAGCUCAGGAGGACCACCGGAGAAUACAGUAGUGCAAGGAAGACCAAUGGCUGAGUGAUGGCUUCUUGUCAACCAACACGCUGACAAUUAUUGGUUAACUUUUAAAAUAUUUUAAAUAAAUUGUGAUUAAGUU